GCCAACCGCCGUAAGGCUCAAGUAGAAGAAGAAGUCAAAGACGCGAAGAAGAAGAAGCAGGGCUGACCGUUUCCGUUCUUUCCAAGUAAUAACAAACAUGGCGACUUAUAGAUAUGUCGGGAAGUUGUUGGGCAUUUCAGCAAGACUUUCGCACUCUGGUGCAGGCUGUGGAUAUCAGAGUGCUACAUCACAUUGGCUUCCACAUAACCCACAAGGCUUGAAUAAACUGCCACAAAGUCCCCACUGGGCUAUUCCAGGAAGAACUAUGUUUGUGCAGACCCAAGACACACCAAAUCCAAACAGCCUAAAAUUUGUGCCUGGUCGUACAGUUCUUGAGUCAGGGACUAUGAAUUUUGCUGGCCCUCGCGAUGCAUACUGCUCACCUUUAGCAAGGCAGCUGUUUAGGAUUGAUGGAGUUAAAAGUGUCUUCUUUGGACCUGAUUUUAUUACCAUAACAAAGUCUGACUCAAAUAUGGAAUGGAAAGUAAUCAAACCUGAUGUAUUUGCUGCCAUUAUGGACUUUUUUACCUCUGGCCUUCCUGUGGUUAAUGAGGAGAGUAAACCUAGUGCAGAUACCGCACCAUCAGAAGAUGACGAUGAAGUAGUUUCUAUGAUCAAAGAAUUGCUUGAUACUCGGAUCAGGCCAACAGUGCAGGAGGAUGGAGGGGAUGUUCUGUAUCGAGGAUUUGAGGAUGGAGUCGUCAAACUGAAACUGCAAGGCUCCUGUACCAGUUGUCCCAGUUCCAUUGUUACUUUGAAGAAUGGAAUUCAAAACAUGCUGCAGUUUUACGUCCCGGAAGUUGAAUCAGUGGAACAGGUAAAGGAUGAUGAGGAGGAGGCAGCUCAAGUCUGAACUACACUAAAAGCAAAACAACAUUUACACAUUCUUCUUUAGCUGGCCACCUGCUUGAAUGCAAGUCUUAGAACUGUUUAAAACCAUAGCUGUGCUGACGAGAUUCAUCAUACAUCCAAAAGGUUUUUAUUGUUUUGGUAGCUCUUCUCAGUACCAUGACAGUAUUUAACUAAAUGUAGGUCAGAUGAGGAUCAUGGAAGAUGUGACUCUAGGGCUAUGUUUUAUUUAUUAUUUCACAAUGUUACACAUUUGAAUCAAUCAAUAAUGUUGAAAGUCCAAAUACUGUUUAUAUAAUUAAAGUUUAUUGAACAUU